GGUAUCUCAACUGGUCGCAGUGAGGAGAUCAAACCGUUUUCAGAUGUUUUGGUUGAUGAGAAUGAAUGGGUGUUCAUAACAAUGGUCUAUGACAACAAUAAGUUGAAGUUUACAGCUGGGGAUGAAGAAAUUGAACAGACCUUUGAUGGUAGGAGUUCCCCUGGGGUUAUACGACUAAGGCCAAUUCAGCGAGAUAGGGGUGCAAUCCUGUCCAGUGAGUGCAAGGCUGUUUUUAAAAUCUCAGGUACAUAUAAUAUGGGUGGAAUUGCAGUUCUAGUGCUGUUCCUGUGUAUUGCUGUUGACACUGUGGAAAGUGUUGCAAAUGAAUGUGCAUUUGAGCAAGGGUCAGAUUGUUGUCAUUUCCAGACUAAAGGUGGGCGGGGUGGAGAGGCCCCAUGUUUUAAAGGGAGUGUGUGGAACCAGGCAAUAUGUAACUGUGACUGGCCUGCCAGGGUAGCCGUUCCAUGCAAUCCGCAGGAAGACUGCAAUGUAGUUGAACCAGCUCCAGUGGUCACAUGUCCUGUAGAUCUGGCUACUGAUCAGUGCUGUAUUAAUGGUGUCAUAUACACUAUUAUAAGUGAGACAGAGUACCAGCAAGGCAGGACUAUACAAUCUUGUCCUGCUGACCAAGUAUUCAGCCCUGAUGAUUGCUGUUGUGAAGGAGGAGAUUCCUUUGAGGCUGUUGAUGGUAAAUGCAUGUACUGGAAUUUUGAGAGAACUGUUAUUGAUUCAAACCAGAAUAUUCCUAUUAGAAAAUCUGGAUUUGCCAGUUAUGACUCUCGAGAUGGCCUGGCAGACAGGGGUUACUAUAUGCAGCUGGACCAGGAGGGAAGUCUUGCUGUAGAUAGAUUGUCAGGAGCUUAUUUCGGACAUCGCUUCUCUGUUGCUUUCUUUGUAAGAUUUGAUGGCCUUCUUAAUGGAGAGAAUCGUGCAAAUACUAUAUUUAGCAAUGGAGAUGAAAUCAAUCAAAAUUAUGACGAAUUUCCACCAACCAUUUUCAUGAUUGCAAACAGCGGUGACUCGGGUAAAGUGAACCUUGGGGGAGGGGUCUUAACUGGCCGUCAGACAGAGAUAGAACCUUUCUUUGAUAUCCCAGUUGAUGAGAAUCAAUGGGUGUUCAUAACAAUGGUCUAUGACAACAAUAAGUUGAGGAUUACUGCUGGAGAUGAAGUGUUUGAACAGAUUCAAAGUGGACAAAUCAAAUCUACUAGCUGUCCAUUGAUGUUUGGAGGCUUUUCCUUGGAUGCUGGGAUGGCCAUAGAUGAAUUGCUGAUCUGUCAAGAAACUGGACUCACUACAGAGCAACUUGAGGCAUUUAGAGAUGCGGGAACUCUGCCAUAG